AAAAUUUCAUUAUAUGUAUUUUUCCAAUUAAAACUCUUAGGUGUCGACUCGUUAACAAAACCAAAAAACAAACUCAUAUGUGUCGACACUUUUCCACACCGUAAAAUCACACCACCGAUGGUAAAAUAUGUAUUACUGCAAGUAUUACUCUUUUCAUAUAUGAUUACUUUCUUCUAAAUCAAUAUUUCUUUUUCUAUUUAUAAUAAUGACAUCAUCAUCAAAACUUCUCUCUCUGUAUAUAUAUAAACUCCAUACUCGUAUUCUCUAAUCUCUAUCUCUCUCUCUCUCUCUAUUCUUCUUUUUCUUUCUUUCUAUUACAAGAAUUUUACAAUGAAGAAUUUUCACAAACACGUCUUGCUACCUCUCUUGGUAGUAGCAGCAAUGCUCCCAUUUCUGGCACGUGGGGAGUGCACGUGCGAAGUUGAAGAAGGCGAAGAAGUGAACAAAACCCUUGCACUCAAAUACAAGUUAGCCGCCAUAGCUUCAAUCCUGGUGGCCGGAGCAAUAGGGGUCUGUCUUCCAAUUCUUGGAAAGACGAUUCCAGCUCUGAGUCCAGACAAGAACGUGUUUUUCAUGAUCAAGGCCUUUGCAGCCGGAGUCAUACUGUCCACCGGCUUCAUCCACGUGUUGCCGGACGCUUUCGAGCAUUUGACCUCGCCAUGUCUCAAAGGCACGGCGUGGGAGUUUCCAUUUACUGGCUUUGUGGCCAUGAUGUCCGCCAUCGCUACUCUCAUGGUCGACGCUUUCGCCACCUCUUAUUACAAGAAUUCUCACUUUGGCGGCGUUGGAGAUGAGGAGAAGGAUCAUGAGCAUCAUGCCGAUCAUGUCCAUGUUCAUACUCAUGCCACUCAUGGCCAUUCUCAUGGUUCGGUUCAAGAUUCUUCUACGCCCUCUUCAGAACUUCUUAGGCACAGGGUUAUAUCUCAGGUUUUGGAGUUAGGGAUUGUGGUACAUUCUGUCAUCAUAGGGAUAUCUUUGGGUGCUUCGGAGAGUCCCAAAACCAUAAGACCUCUAGUAGCUGCUUUGACUUUCCACCAAUUUUUUGAAGGCAUGGGACUUGGUGGUUGCAUAGCUCAGGCAAAGUUCAAAGCUAGAGCUGUUGCAAUAAUGGCGCUUUUCUUUUCGUUCACAACGCCAGUUGGAAUUGCAAUUGGGAUAGGAAUAUCAAAUGUAUAUGAUGAGAACAGCAACACUGCUCUUAUUGUGGAAGGCAUUUUCAAUGCUGCAUCUGCUGGGAUUCUAAUCUACAUGUCUCUUGUUGAUCUUUUGGCUGCUGAUUUUAUGAGCCCUAAAUUGCAAAACAAUACUAGGCUUCAAAUUGGGGCCAAUUUAUCCCUGCUUCUUGGGGCUGGUUGUAUGUCUGUUUUGGCUAAAUGGGCUUAAUUUAAUUUGCUAGCUUAGUUUUGUUCGUAAAAGUAUUACAUAGGAAAUUACCUUGUCUACUUUAUGUUACAAAAUUAAUUUUUAAUGAAAUGGUAUAUAAGUUUCCAUACA